AUGGCUUCAAAUGCACGCAAGGCGCUGCCACUGACGGUCGACGAUCUUACAAAGCAAUGGUUCACCCAGAUUCUCAAAAAGCCUGUCAAAGAUGUCAAAGUUAUUGAGAUAAUCCAUGGAACAGCUUCCAAGGUCUCAAUCAAUCCAACGUUCCAGAAUGAUACCGAUGACAGCGUCAGUAAUGUUUGCGUCAAAGGCGGAUUCAAUCCCGACAUUCGAGAACCUUUGCCUUUCCUCUACGCCAUUUACAGACUCGAAGCUGAGUUCUACUACUACCUUGCCCCAAAGCUCAAGAUCCCCCUUCCACCGGUAUUGUAUGCUGGUAUAGAUACUGUGAACGGCCAGGGCGUCGUUGUGAUGGCCGAUCUCAAAGCUCAGAGCUGCACAUUUGGUAACCCACUAGAGAGACAUGGACGGUUGAGAGGGCGAGAAUAA